AAUCAUGAAGAGAGAGUAAAAGAAGCUAAUUUAAUUAUCUCAAUAUUGCAAUAAUAUUUUAAUUUCUUCAAAGCUAUCUUUACUUCGAUAUCUUCGAGAUCAUCGUUUAUCGACAAAAAAAUGAUCACAGCGAUAAAACUGCAUCGCGGUCGCGAAAUCGAACAAUUCUACCGUUUUGCAUACCAGAACCCGGAUCACCUUGUAUCCAUCGAAGCUCAAUUAAAAGGCUUUCCUGCGUACGUCGUUCUGUCAAAGGGAACGCGCGCUUCGUUACGGUUUGACGGUUACACACGGACGUGCACGGUGAUUCGUGUGCGUAAGGGGAUACCUAUGGAGAAACGUAUGGACGCCCCAUGCAAGCUGCCCCCAUAGAAACGACCGAGGUAAAAAGGGGAGGAGGAGCCGCUGCGUUUUCACACGACUUGGCUUAUGCGCCUCUGGGCGGGGAGGGACGCGAGAGUCGCGCGCGAGUGAGGAAGUCGGAAGUCGGACUUGAGUCAGUCGAUUGUGAAGCAUUAACACGCUUAGAUCAAUCAUCGCUUAGAUCAGUCGUGCCUAUAUGUGUUAUCGCACGUGAUAACAUAUAUGUAUACGUGGAUGGAGAAUUUAUCAUCGCUUCAAUUUCGAAACUUCAAUUGAAUUUCAACUACAAACUGAUAGCUGAGGAGUCUUGAGUGCCAUGACUUUGUGAUAAUCGAUUGUGAGCUUCAAAGAGCAACUCCUUUCAUUAAUGUAGUUUCCAAUCAAACAGUGAAAGCUUCAUUUUAAUACAAUAAUUAAAUUUGGAAUCAUCGAUCGACUCGACAAAGUUUUUACAUUACCGUCUUGUUGAAGAUCAGGAUCCACCAAGGAAGAGUGCCUGUCGCGUGCCGGAUUCACCGUUAAGCGUAGCCUAUGGGGGUUGCGACGAACACCAUACGGUCGUUCUCCAGUUAGCCACGCGAUCACCAGCCGUGGGAGGGUCGUUUCGCUCCGCUGAGUCGUGAAAGCACCCCGUUGGGGUAAUAUCGCUCCUGGCGCCCUGUGCGCAUCUUGAGCAGCUUGAGGUCUCGCGGGUAUUUAUCGUGUCUCCUUGCUCGUCCACGACACAUUCUAGGAACGUAAUAAAAUAAGAGAGGAUUAGCAGUGCUUUUUAUCUCUCUCUUUAUUUCGAUUGCUUACGUUUUGUUAAAAUAAAAGUGAAAACAUGAGUGCGUUCAAGAGGUGUCCAAGUAAGGUGUUCUGGGAUCAAAUGGCUUUGCACGAUAUGGAAAAUGAACGUUUCGUAAUGAGGAGUGAGCCUGUGCGUUACAGUUUUAAUGAAUAUCUUUAUCGAGAAGAAGACGAGGAAGAGGAAGAAAAUUCAAACAGCAAAUCAGGAAAUGACACGACUGACGAUGCAAAUAUUACUGCAAUACAUGUUUCUAAUAAAAGCAGCGAGAGUGAACCAAGUCAGGACGUGCGUCACAAUUCGUUGACCCGUGAUGAAGAUGUCGCAAGUCACAGGAAAGUGGAAAAUAUGGAUAAAGAAGAAGAAGAAGAAGAACAUGAUAGUGGCGUAAGAAAUAGAUCUUGCAGCCCUUUGAGCCAAGAUUUUAAAAGCCAGGACUCUGGAUUUUCCGAUUCUGAAAGAUCAGAUUGCUCGAAGACUUAUGAAAAUGCAACUCCAAGGCGGAAGUUGAGGAGGAAAAGGAUUAAACGUAGGAUUCAGUCACUGGGAAUUGCUUCACCAUGGCUAGAAGAGGAAUGUUCUCCGAUCCCAGCACACACGUCCACACCGAACUCCAGAGUAUUUACAAGAAAUGGUUUCGAAAAAUCCGCGAGAAGCUCAUCUCGAGAACACAGGCCCAACGAAGAGCGGAACGACGCGUCGCAAGUACCCUCAUUUAUUUCGUUGGAGGACGAGUGUCUCGGCGAUUUUCUAUAUGCGUCCGAGCCGCCGGAAGACAACGUUCAGCCGUCAAUAACGAAAUCGCGCACUUCCAUUGACAGCGCGGAAGUGAUUGCCGCCGGCAGGGACGUAUUAAAUUCUAGAAACUAUCGUCAAUCGUCGUCCAUGAGAGCCUGGUUGACCGAUCUUGCCAUGGAAACCGAAAAUGAGUGCGGCAGCACGCUUCAAAGCAAGAAUCUACCGCGCGGGAGAGCGCAAUUGAUAUCCGGCGAGAAUCACGUGCGAGACUUGAAGAUGCUGUGUUCCGCAGCCACCGCGGCCGCGAGCAAGCUUCUGGUCAGCGCAGAACAAUUCGAGCGACAUUAUCGAAGCAUUGUUGAGAAAAUAACACAGCUGGAAGGCGGUAGAUCCGAAAUGGAGCUCCUUCGUAACAUAGAGGAAGCUGCGUUCUCGAUUCUCUCUCAAUUAGGAUCGCCUCCUCCACGAAGAAUUCAGCAGGGUAGUCUAAGGAGUAUCCUCGCGCAGUUGCAGAACAUGAAGACGCACGUUGACGACUCGGUCAACACGCGCUUAGACUUCUAUAUCGAGGUUGGUAGAGGAAUACUAUCGUGGCAAUUUUAUAUUCAUCGAAACCGAGACCAUGAGCACCUGCUGAUCGUAAUCAUUUUCCAGAAAAUAGUCCGCGGUCUCGAAGAGGCUCCACGGGAGGAUAACGGUGUAGCUCGAGGUGCUCUGGCAGCCUUGACGGCGCUGGGAUUAUCGGACCCUCGCGCGGGCAGCAGCAUAGCUCGAUGUUCCGGCAUCAAGGCGCUCCUGACGUAUCUCAUCACCACCGGUCGAGUUACGGACGAUCUCGUCGCGAUCUCGUUGCGUGCUCUGGCCAGCGCGUGCUCCUCCGUAGUUGCUAUCGAGUAUUUCGCCAGGGAUGGCGGCCCGGAAAUCCUGACGGAUCUCCUGAGCGCAGAAUCCUCCUCCGAGAAAGAGAAAACUGAGGCCACCGCCUUGGUCGUGCAGAUUACCGCACCGUGGACGGACGCUCGAGGUCUGCCGUAUCUCGAGCCUUUCGCGGCCUCACUGAUUCCAGCGCUGAAUCAGCUGGUCGAGAGCACCGGCUGCGCUCAGAGCUUGCUGUUGGCAGCCGCGGCGUUGAAUCACCUGUCCAAGUCGAGGCAGUGCGCCCGGAUCGUACUGGAGGAGGACAGCGUGAGGAAGAUUCUGAGAAGCGUGAAGAAAUUCGCUGGCGGCAACGUGUGGCUGAUGGAGCAGGUUGCCGCGCUGAUCGGCGAACUGGCGCGCCUGCCCGAGGGUCGAUCACACCUGGCGAAGGCUAGAGCUUCCGUCGCGCUGGUUUCCUUUCUCAGAAUGAGGCCACCUGGCCUGGAGGACGCGUACCGACGACUGGAGAUUACCGCGACAGCCGCGUUGACGAGGCUCUGCGUGGAGCCGGAAAUCGCGAGACAAGUAGUCGCAGUCGGCGGUGGGGACUGUCUGUCCAUCCACGCGGAUCCAUGCAGGGAUAACGAGGUCCAGACGGAGGAAGAGGAGGUGCAAGUGGAAGCGGGAAGCUUGUUGAGGUACACCAGGUCGUUGAGACGAGCGUGCAAGAAAGCCGCAAGGCAAAUCGGCAUCGCAAAAGCCAAAGAUCACAGCCCGAACAGUCUGAACUAAAGAAAAUAUAUGGGAAAACUUGAAAAGUUGAUUAUCGAAGUCGGAAAUCACUCAGAAUUGUUACAAUUUUUGUCAUUAUUACCGUCAGAAUCAUAUAUAGUGAAAAAAUAA